GUUACACAAACUUCAUAGUAAAACAUGUGAGAAAAUUUACUGUAAAACCGACCACAACAUUGACUUUAUAUUGUUUUGAUAUUAAUUUAGUAAAUUUUUGUUGAUUUUUUUAAUGAAUUGUGCUAAUUGCUUCUACCGUUUUUGGUGACCUACGGACUUUUGUUGACUUUCUUUAAAUUCCAUCAUGAUUUCAAAUUUAAGUAAAAUCAAAUCUCAUGCUUGUUUACGUCUAUUUAAAAUUGCUUUGAGAAAUGAAGGAAGAUUUUUACUUGAUGCACGACCUCGUAACUUCUCUUCAGCCUCGCUAAUUAGAUUAACAUCAGUUAUUAACAACAGGCCAUGUUGGUCAUAUUCUUCACCUAACCUGAAUGGUAACCUGAAUGGUGCUAACUCCAAUCACCUAGUCCUAGCGAAGCGAAAUUUUUGUAAUCCUCCAAAACGAGAUGAUGAUGAUGAUGACGGUGUUGCAAGUAAAGAUCAUAUGGAUCAAGCAAUUGAAGAACCGGAUCUUAUGAUGCCAGAGGCUGUGCCAAAUACUCUUGCAACGAGUGUUAUACCUGAUUAUUGGCCUUAUGUUCCGUUGAUUGCCAUACAGGGAACGCCAGUUUUCCCUAAAUUUUUGAAAAUUAUUGAUGUCACUGAUCCUAUGUUGACAGCUUUAAUCAAACGUAAAGUUAGAUUAAAUCAACCUUAUGCUGGAAUAUUUUUGCGCAAGGAUGAAAAUAGUCAAUCAGAAACAGUUAGCAGUCUCGAUGAUGUUUAUCCUGUAGGUACUUUUGUCCAAAUUGUUGAAAUUCAAGAUCUCGGUAACAAAGUAAAGAUGGUGGUACAAUCACACAGACGAAUUAAGAUUGUUCGGCAAGUCCAUGAAGAUAUUGAAACAAAUGGCGAUAAAUUAAGAAAAAGACGUACGCGUCGUAAGCUUCCAAUAGAGGGUGAGAAUGGAGAUAAAGCUGAUACAGGCAAUGUCUUGAUGGUUCAAGUGGAAAACAUGGUACCAGAAAAGUAUACAAUGACAGACGAACUUAAAAAUUUGACUCAAGAAAUUGGAAAGAUCAUCCGAGAAAUUAUUGAAUUAAAUCCUCUCUAUCGUUAUACGUUAGCACAAAUGCUUCAAGGUCAAAGAGUUGUAGAUAAUCCAGAUUAUCUAUCUGACUUAGGUGCUGCUCUAACAGGAGCUGAUCAACAGGAACUACAGAAGGUUUUAGAAGAGAUGGAUGUCCCUAAACGUCUGGAAACAGCAUACAAUUUAUUGAAGAAAGAAUUAGAGCUUAGUAAUUUACAGCAAAAAAUUGGUAAAGAAGUCGAAAAAAAAGUCAAAGAGGAACACCGGGGUCAAAUGUUGCACGAACAGAUGAAGUUGAUCAAAAAAGAGUUGGGUUUAGAGAAGGAUGACAAAGACAAUUUAGAAGAAAAAUUUCGUUCUCGAUUGAAAGAUCUUGAUGUCCCAAAACAUGUAAUGGAUGUUAUUGAUGAAGAGUUGAACAAGUUAUCGCUUCUGGACAAUCAUUCAUCAGAAUUCAGUGUCACUCGAAACUAUCUUGAUUGGUUAACUAAUCUUCCAUGGGGUAAAAGUAGUAUUGAAAAUUUUGAUUUGGAAAGAGCCAAACAAGUUCUCGAAGAAGAUCAUUAUGGUAUGGAAGAAGUGAAAAAAAGGAUACUCGAAUUUAUCGCUGUUAGUCACCUUCGAGGUAAAGUUCAGGGUAAAAUUCUUUGUUUCCAUGGACCUCCUGGAGUUGGUAAAACAAGUAUUGCUAAAUCAAUUGCUCGAGCUCUUAACAGAGAAUAUUUUAGAUUCAGUGUAGGAGGAAUGACUGAUGUAGCUGAAAUCAAAGGACAUCGUCGUACAUAUGUCGGUGCUAUGCCUGGUAAAAUGAUUCAAUGUUUAAAGAAAACCAAGACGGAAAAUCCUUUGGUUUUGAUUGACGAGAUUGAUAAAAUAGGCCGUGGCUAUCAAGGCGAUCCAUCAUCAGCUCUUCUAGAGUUACUCGACCCUGAGCAAAAUGCUAACUUCUUAGAUCAUUAUCUAGAUGUUCCUGUUGAUUUAUCGAAAGUCCUUUUCAUAUGUACAGCAAAUGUUCUGGAUACGAUUCCUGAGCCUCUCCGUGAUAGAAUGGAAAUCAUCGAAUUAACUGGUUAUGUCGCUGAAGAAAAACUUGCAAUAGCUGAACAAUAUCUCAUUCCUCAAGCCCAAGAAUCAUGCGGAGUUGGCAAAGAACGUAUAGAUAUCCCAAAAGAGGUCCUUUAUUCAUUGAUUCGUUCUUACUGUCGGGAAAGCGGAGUUCGAAACCUUCAAAAGCAUAUAGAAAAGAUUAUGCGAAAAGCUGCUUUCAAAAUAGUGCAAAAAGAGUCAGACAAAGUUACAGUUGAUCCAAACAAUUUACAAGAUUUUGUUGGCAAACCCAUUUUUACCCAAGAUAGACUGUAUGAGGUAACUCCUCCUGGCGUUGUUAUGGGUCUAGCUUGGACAGCGAUGGGAGGCUCUGUUUUGUACAUUGAAACCUCUUUAUAUCGUCAAUUAAAGAAACAAGGAGACAAAAUCGAUAAAAAAGCAACUGGAUCCAUAAAAUUGACUGGACACUUAGGUGAUGUUAUGAAAGAAUCAGCUGAUAUUGCUUAUUCGGUCGCUCGUAGUUUUAUUUCUCGAAUAGAUAAAGAAAACGAUUUUCUGCAUAAAGCUCAUAUACACCUUCAUGUUCCUGAAGGAGCAACUCCUAAAGAUGGACCAAGCGCCGGCUGUACAAUGGUUACAGCAUUAUUGUCCUUAGCUCUUGAUAAACCAAUUCGUAAUAAUCUUGCUAUGACUGGUGAGGUUUCGUUGACAGGUAAAGUUUUACCUGUCGGAGGAAUCAGAGAAAAAACUGUAGCAGCAAAAAGAGCGAACGUCAAUUGUCUAAUUUUACCAAGUGAGAAUCGUAAAGAUUUCUCUGAUUUACCUGAUUUCAUUAAAAGUGGUCUUGAGGUUCAUUUUGUUGAAAAUUACGAAGAAAUUUUCAAAUUGGCGUUUUCUGAUUCUCAAUAGCCAUAGAUAGCCGCAAAAGUUCAUUUAUUUUGUAAAGACUUGAAUUUAUCCUUAAUUAAUCAUACCUUUGAUAUCUAUUAACUUAUAGUAAAUAUAUACUUUGUUCAAUCAUAUAGUUUUAAAUAAACUUUGUACAUUAUUAUUGGCUUA